AUGCCAGCCGCAGUCGCCUCUCGUUGGCAAGACCGUCGCAGACGUGUUUUCCAGUCCGUCUUCCAAAGGGAGCUCUCAUCACCCACACCACAGGCAGUACCGCUUCCAUCAGCGAAUCUUAGCUUCAGCCAAGGACUCCAAUAUCACUCUGGCACAGGACCACCUGUGACUUCCGGCUCAUUCUAUGACGAGGAUACCCAGGACAACACCCAGCCCGCUUUCAUCGACCCACCCGACCAAGGUCUUUUGGUUUCGCACACCCCCUCCAACUCAUUCCACAGCACCGUUACCGCCGUCUCACAGCCUUCACAAGUUCUCUUCGCUGCUCCAGAUGCUGGGACCGGUGAUCAGGUUGCAUAUGACAAUGCCUGGCGUCUCGUAACCGCCCGAAUUACUCUCCCGUCCUCCGUCACAUCUCCAACAUCAUCAGGUACCCUGCUAGCAGACGCAGCUUUGCCCUUUGAUGCCGAGUUCUGUGACGCUUUGGCCCAUGUCGUCCACGCCUCGACGCUACUGCCCGGCGCCAUACGGACAGACGACAUAUUCUCCUGGCAUACCCACCAGGUGCGAUGUCACUUUUCGCAGCACGUGAUACCUCUGUUAUCGGGGGGUUUGGAUACGGGGAGCAGUGGAGAUGGUGACCCAGGGAGGGAAGGGAGUGAGCAAGAGCGGACCAAGAGCAGCCACUAUGAGCGUCAUAUGGUCAUAGUCAUGGGCAGUGUUCGCACACUUGAAGCUGCCUUGAGACUUUACUCCCAGGGAUUUGACCUCCUUGUAAAGGGGCUCACCCACGCUCAAAGUGCUUCUGCAUUCGGAACGCCAGCUAUAAAUGUCGAAUCUCUGACGAACCGGUUCCGCAGAGAUAUACACGCCCUCGUAGGAAACUCGAUCUCACAGCAGCUAACGAAGUCUUUGCGGAUUAUUCUAGUCCGCCUCGUAGGGAACGUCUUAGGCAUUCCAUCAGAUGACGACGAUGGUGCGCGUAACCUCGAGUCUCGGCGGCCAUCUCCCCCUACUGAUGACGAUUUCAAAGCAUUGGCAGCGAGACAACGUCUUCAGGAGCUUGUUGAACAGCUGCACAACGUGGGUCUUGCUGGCGAGCGCUUCCAGGUUUUAUUCGCCGAGGUAAUGAACUGGAUGAUGUCGGCUUUUGUGUGCGGUGCAUAUGCUGGGCUAUGGUCAGCGACUGAUAGAGGCGACUUGUCGAGCGUUUUGAACACGGUGUCUAGGGGUACCGGUUCAUCCGUCACUUCGCCUUGUAUCAUCUCCCUCAUGGACUGGGUUGAGAACCAUUUCGCCCGGUUGAGCUUCGAGGUUCUGUCCCGAAUUUCACAUGAUUCGGGGCCACCAGUCACGCUCUCUGACCUCAAAACAUUCCAAUCACUUGCUCUUAGUCGUUUGUCGACGCUUCGCAUCGCCGAGCUCUUCGACAUUGUUCUGGCGUGGCCGGAUUCACGAGGAGCACUCGAUGACUUGCGCGCAACCAUCACUACCUCCGCCAGGAGGCUUCAACUAACAUCACACUUUACCCAGGCUUUGAAAACUCGUCUGCUGCACCCUGGUUGCAGUACACUCGAGAUUCUCCAGACCUACAUUGACAUUAUUCACACCUUUCACGCUCUCGAUCACAGCAAGGUCCUUUUAGGACAUGUUGAACCGUCUCUAAAGCUUUACCUGUGGCAGCGCGACGAUGCAGUACGCAUCGUGGUGACAGGCCUGCUAGCCAGUCCAGAGGAAGUCCGUGCCGCAAGAAAGGUCAGGGAAAUCAGCAAGCACCAGGCGGAACAGAAGAAGGCUGGAAAGAGGCCAGAAGCUGGUGCUCGACGCGGUGCCAGCAAAAGACCAGUGGUGACACCUACCACGACAGGAAGAUCGAGCAGAACCCCGAAUACCACAAGGCAAAGAGAUGACCUACAGGAACCCAGCAUCAAAACUCCCGGCGCAACUCCAAUCAAGAGCAAAGCUUCCGGUACUGGCAAACUCGUAGAACUUGCCCUCCUUCUUAACGAUCCGACCAAAACGCGCCAUACCCUCGUCGAAGAUGAAGAGCUCGACUGGAACGACAUGAACUGGGUGCCAGACCCCGUCGACGCCGGCGCCAACUACAAGCGGCCCAAGAGUGAAGACGUCAUUGGCACACUCAUCUCCGCGCUUGGCAGCGAAGAUGUCUUCAUCAAGGAAUUUAUCACCAUAAUAGCUGAGCGCUUGCUGGGCCUCAGUGACCCAGCUCGCUUCGACCAAGAGCUCCGGGUGCUCGACCUCCUGAAGCGACGAUUCGGCGAGGCGGCGCUCCAGAACUGCGACGUCAUGAUCAAGGACAUCGUAGACUCGCAGCGUCUCGACGUCGCCAUCCACCGAGCCUGGGACGAGCAGCGGACACUGACUGCAGUCACGCCAGCGACGAUGUCAGGCCACUUCCUCCGAUCAGCAGACAAGCGGAAGAAGGCUAUGCUCCAGCGACAACAACAACAACAACAACAACAACAACUGUUAGAGCCGACGCAAUACCACGCCCGCAUCCUCUCGCGCCUCUUCUGGCCCGCUCUCGACCGCGAACACUUCCUCCUCCCCGACCCCAUCGUCGAGGAGCAGAAGCGCUACGAGCAGGGCUACGAGCACGUCAAAUCGAACCGCAAGCUCACCUGGCUCAACCAGCUCGGUACCGUCCGCGUCGAGUUGGAGCUCCGCGACCGCACGGUUACCGUAGAUUGCACCACCCCGCAGGCUACCGUCAUUUACGCCUUCAACGACUCCGAAGACUCCGGAGACGACAACAACACGAGAAUCGAAACCGACAAUAAACCACCCGCCGCCCGCCGCACGGUCGACGAGCUCUACACUACGCUCCAAAUGGACGAAGAUCUUAUAGCUUCUUGCCUCGAGUACUGGGUCUCCAAAAACGUCCUCCGACGUCUCCGUUCCCCAGCAGCAGCCGCCCAAGGGUCCCACACCUACGUGGUAAUCGAAAGCCUCAGCGAUCCUAUAGUCGACGACUUGCCCACCAAAAUAGACGACGACGACCCCUUCAGCAACCCCGACUCCGCCACGGCCACCAUCCCGCAGGAUUCAGGACAAGCUGUCGAAGCCGACACUGAAAAGCCUACUACUACAAUAAACCCCAAAGAACAAGAACGCAACACUAUGUACUGGCAGUACAUCAAGGGCAUGCUGACGAACGCGAGCGCGUCGAUGCCGCUGGCACAGAUGGCCAUGAUGAUGAAGAUGUUGAUCGCGGACGGGUUCCCGUGGACGAACGAGCAGCUGGGGGAGUUUCUGGCGGAGAAGAUUGCCGAGGGGGAGAUGGAGGUUGUUAGUGGGGGGAAGUAUCGGUUGGUCAAGAAGUGA